CACACAGGGUCCUGGGAAGUACCCUGCACAGCAAGCCCACCACAGCCCCAGGCUACACGGACUAACUGGCAGCAAUGCAGUGGUCUCGGUCGCAACUCCACUCCCAUUUCUCUUCAAAACUACCUACAACACAUCAACAUCAGAACCUCCUGAAUGUGCAGCCCAGCUGGGACUCCAUAGAGAGGCUGCUGGUCCUGGAGAGAAAGGAAGUGAAAGGACAGGAGGACCCAGCGGAAUACUGCUACGGGGGAUACCACCCUGUAAAUAUAGGGGACACGUUUAACGGAAGAUACCAAGUGCUGCGAAAACUUGGGUGGGGCAACUUUUCCACCGUAUGGCUGUGUCAAGAUUUACAGAAGAAGGGUUGUGUAGCUGUGAAGGUUUCCAAGAGUGGGGCUGAGUUCACCGAGGCUGCCCAGGAUGAGAUAACUCUUCUCAGAUGCGCUGGUGGUCCUAGCAAGAAGCAACACUCACACAGCCAGCGGAUUGUGACUCUACUUGAUGAGUUUAAACUAGUUGGGAGAAAUGGGAUCCAUGUGUGCCUGGUGUUCGAGCUCCUGGGACAGGACCUCCAUUACUGGCUACUGGGCUCCAGGCAGACAGGGCUCCCCCACCCCUGGGUCAAGCUCAUCAUCCAACAGGUACUCCAGGGUCUUGACUAUCUUCACACCAAGUGUAAGAUCAUCCACACAGACAUCAAGCCGGAGAAUAUCCUGCUCAGUGUGGGGGAGCAGUGCCUUAACCAGCCAUCAGGGGGCACCAGGAGUGUGGGAUGUCAUCUGAGGGGAAACCAAAGAGGAAUCCAAGCCGAUUUGUCUCCCUGCGACAGCCUGCUGUUCAAGUCUUGUAAACCUGAACAGAUCAAUGUGAAAAUCGCAGAUCUUGGCAGUUCCUGUUGGGUGUACAAGCACUUUUCAGACGAGAUUCAGACCCGGCAGUACCGGUCCCUGGAGGUUCUGAUUGGUGCUGACUAUGGCACCCCUGCUGAUAUCUGGAGCACUGCAUGCAUGGCAUUUGAGUUGGUGACGGGGGACUCUCUGUUCGAGCCACGCGCAGGGAAAACCUUCUCACGACAAGAGGACCACAUCGCUCACAUUAUCGAGCUGCUGGGGAAGAUUCCAGUGAGACUGGCUCUGUCUGGCAGAUACUCCAGGGAGUAUUUCAACCCCAACGGUCACCUCCGGCGAAUCCAAGUGCUCCGACCCUGGAGUCUGUGCGAGAUCCUGGUGGAGAAGUAUGACUGGCAGCUGGAGGAGGCGGCUGUCUUUGCUGAUUUCCUGCAGAGGAUGUUGGAGUUCAUUCCGGAGAAGCGGGCAACAGCAGCACAAUGUCUCCAGCACCCCUGGCUCACUUCCUGAUUCCACUGCAGCCGAGCCGAGCCAUGCAAGGACAGCAGUGAAACAUACCAACAAUAAUAAUAAUAAUAAUAAUAAUAAUAAUAAUAAUAAUAAUAAUAAUAAUAUCUGGUGCUGGAGCUGGGGUCACAGGUUGCUUGUGAAAACCUCUGCCACAAUACUUUAUGGUUUAUGUACCUUGCCCUAAUAAUAAUUUACCUUGGUAAAUUUGCACAGCAUUUCUGUACUCUUUUUUUGUGCCUUACCCAUGUGUAUACUGUGCAUUUACUUACCGUUCCUCUCUAUGCUUUAACACAUGCUUUCUUACACUUUGCUAUGCUUUUACCACAGUAAAUAUUUGAAUUGCAAAGUUGUCAAAAAUGUGUACAACAAUACUCUCCAAUAAUAAAUGUAUUUUGAUGAUGGGUCAUUUAUUGCCCGUUUUAGACCUCUCAGAACCCUUGCUAAAUAUUUUGCUAUUACUGAACAGAUACAUUAAUUGUCCCAUCUUCAUACAUUUUAAACAUUUCAACAUUUCUUAAGCAGAGUACUGCAAGAACUCAGCUUUGAUAUAAUCAGAUGCAAAGGAGUUUCUCAAAUGAUGUGCUGUUCUGUAACUGUACUUAAAAAAAAAAAAAAAAAAGAAAAGAAGCCGCCAGGAUGUCGGUGAAUUUGAAACGUUUCUCGUGUUAGAAACUGUUAUUUGUUACUUUUACUACAAAAUAUACAUAGCUGAAAAUGUGUUAAUAAAAGUGGAGCCCUCUACUGUAAUACCGUCUCUUAUGUAUUUCAUAGAACAGGCCAAAAGCUUAACCACCUCAAAUGAAAUAUUUUAAUACAAUGAACAAAAAUUAAGGAGACCAUUUUGACCGCAAAUGCCGCUAAUAAAAUGAACCAAUGAUUAGGAAUUUUCACUUUACAUCACUGGAAAUGUAGUCACGGUUCUUACACAAACUGUAUACAGUUUGCAGGAUUUUCUUGCCAAAUCUGUUUUCUACCCGGACAGAGUUACCGUCGGACACGGACGCCUGUGAAACCGCGUAUCACGAUCCACGCGUGUCCAUCCUGCUUGGCGAACUAUCGAUUAUCUGCCUGUGCUAAGCAACGGGAAAGAGAGGGAAAAAAAAAAAAGAUGUCG